AUGUCAAAGAUCAUAGCCAAGCAUCAAGUUGACCAUGACGUCGCCUUCAGGCACGAUGCCUUGGAGGGAUUCCUUUCCGACCUCCAUGACGUUUCCAGUCCUAAAGAUAAACAAGAAAUCUUAACUUCUAUCCAAAGUUUUGCGUUCCAGUUUUUAAAGGAUGCCUCCAAAGAUCUGACUCAGCACGAGGACGUUGAUCAAGGUCUUCAAGUACUCUGGCGCAUGUUCAUCGAGACCGCCAAGGUCCUGGAAAAGGAUGACCGUUUUCAUGACAAGCUUGUGCUUCUUCUACUUUGGACAAAGGAGUUUGACCAGCUCUACAAUGACUUGCAUCCUUCCGACAGUGACAUGGCUUCUUGGGAGUCCUACGGGUUUGCCGACAGUCUGCAGGAAUCGUGGGAGCAUACCGUGUCGAGCGGCACGUCCUCCCACAUGUGCAACCUUGCAACUUUCUCUACCAAGGCGCUAUCAGCUGGAAUCUGUCCAGAUUCUCUAGCAUUGACGGCUCUCUGGUAUUUGCGCGAGGCUCUCGAGACGAGUGAUGAGGUGAUGACCGCAAGCCUCUUCCCAGCAGCCGUGACUUGGGUGGACGAAUGUCGUCACAGGCUUCUCACGUUCUCUAUUCUUGAUCGUUCCUAUGAGGCGCAUACAAAAUCCGAUUUGUCCGCUUGUGGAGCACUUGCCGAAGCUCAAGGCGUCAACCAGUCUGGCUUCAGUCUCAAGCGAUGGCUUUUCUGGAGAGAGCGCUUUCAGCAUCUUUCUCACAGCAAAGUCUCUACUAUUGCUAAGGACGCCAAGACAGGCUUCAUGGCCAUGAUAAACUGUGGUCACGACUUGGAUUACGGGGUACCGGGUGAAGCUAGGUUUGCGGAGCGACUUCAGAAGGCCAUGUGGGAAGCUCUCGUUGAGAGCGGGAAGGAGAGUCUAGACGGGGAUGAGAUUGACAUCAAUGUCGACUGGGUGAAUUAG